UCACGCAUGAACACAAGCAAAUUAAACAACCCAAGAAAUCCGGGAUUUUGAGUAUUUGGACCCAACGCGUUUACUUGAUGGUCUUUCCUUGCACUCACACAGAAACCUGUCUAAAUAUAAUAAUACCGCCAGUGGAAGUAUAUAAAGACAGCCAGACAGCCUUCAUUCUCUUCCUCUCUCUCUCUGCUUCUGCGUAUUCUACUAGGCAGGCACCCUGGUAAACCAAAGGUUGAGUCUUUUCUUUCUCACCUAUGUACCCAUCAUUCGUUUCUACCCUUCAUUCUACUCAGUUGCUCUUUCUUUCGGCUCAAUUGGGUUUUCUAGUUUCGUGUUGAAUUGUUCAAAUUUGAUAGCUUUUUGUUGAUUUGUUUAUUGAUUUUAGUAUUUUUCUUUUGUCCUGUUUCUGUAGACCUUUUCUUGGUUUUGCGGUCUUAUAUGUUCAGUAACUUUAGUUUGUGAUCCACAGAUUCAAAGGUGUGUUCUUUGUUGUACAAAUUACUGAUUCAGUCGCUGAUCAAGCAAGGUUUUGACCCUCUCUGGGUUCUCUUUCUUUGGUUGUCUUGUCUCAAGUUUCAUCAUUUUUGUGUGGUUGCACUUUUGAUUUAUUUUUCCUGUUUCUUGUAUCGAAGGGAAUUCAUCUGUCAUAGAUGCCAUAUCAGAAAGUUGGUAAUAGUGAUUUCUGUAUGUUGAUUUGGUGGUAGCAAUUGUACAUCACUUGUUGGGGGGUAUAAAUCCAUGCUUUUUAUUUUACAUCUAUAAAGUCAAUCUAGAGGGAUUUGACUUCUCAAAUUUGGAGAUUGGAGAUUGGAUCUUAUGUAUUUUGUUAAGACAUUCAGUAGAGUUAGAUAUUGCUGCUGAGGAAUUGUUAAGGAAGGAAUUAAGUGUAGGUCUAAAUGGGGAAUACUUGUGUUGGACCGAGCAUUUCCAAGAAUGGAUUCUUCCAAUCGGUUUCGGCUGUAAUGUGGCCAAACCGGUCGCCAGAUGACUCAGUUCACACAAACGAAGAAACUAUCAAUGAGACAUCAACACCUAAGGAACCUGAGUCACCUAUGCCGGUACAAGACAAACCACCAGAACAAGUGACAAUACCAAAACCAGAAACCGAGCCAAAGCAAUCCGCAAAACCCAAAAAGCCACCACAGAUGAAGAGGGUCUCUAGUGCAGGACUUCGGACCGGUUCAGUGUUACAAACGAGAACUGGAAAGUUAAAGGAGUUUUACAGUUUGGGUAGGAAACUGGGACAGGGGCAAUUUGGAAUAACGUUUUUGUGUGUGGAGAAGGCGACAGGGAAAGAAUUUGCGUGCAAAUCGAUUGCAAAAAGAAAGUUAUUAAGUGAUGAUGAUGUGGAGGAUGUGAGGAGGGAAAUUCAGAUAAUGCACCAUUUGGCAGGGCACCCAAAUGUUAUAUCUAUUAAGGGUGCGUAUGAGGAUGCUGUAGCAGUUCAUGUAGUUAUGGAAUUAUGUGCAGGAGGUGAGCUCUUUGAUAGGAUUAUCCAGCGUGGGCAUUAUACAGAGAGAAAGGCAGCUGAGCUUACUAGAACUAUAGUUGGAGUUGUGGAAGCUUGCCAUUCAUUGGGGGUUAUGCAUCGAGACCUUAAGCCAGAGAAUUUUCUUUUUGUCAGUCAGGAUGAGGAUGCACUUCUCAAAACUAUUGAUUUUGGAUUAUCUAUUUUCUUGAAGCCAGGAGAAAAAUUUAGUGAUGUGGUUGGAAGCCCAUAUUAUGUUGCACCUGAAGUUUUACGAAAGCGUUAUGGUCCAGAAGCAGAUGUCUGGAGUGCUGGAGUGAUCCUUUACAUUCUGUUAAGUGGUGUACCUCCAUUUUGGGCUGAAAACGAGCAAGGAAUAUUUGAACAGGUCCUGCAUGGUGACCUUGAUUUUACAUCAGACCCGUGGCCUAGUAUUUCUGAUGGUGCCAAAGAUUUAGUGAGAAGGAUGCUUGUUCGAGACCCUAAAAGGCGAUUGACUGCACAUGAAGUUUUGUGCCAUCCCUGGGUGCAAGUUGAUGGUGUGGCUCCUGACAAGGCUCUUGAUUCUGCAGUUCUAAGUCGCUUAAAGCAAUUUUCAGCAAUGAACAAGCUCAAAAAAAUGGCUCUCAGAGUCAUUGCAGAGAGCUUAUCUGAAGAAGAAAUAGCUGGCCUCAAAGAAAUGUUCAAGAUAAUAGACGCUGACAACAGUGGUCAAAUCACUUUUGAGGAACUUAAGGCUGGAUUGAAAAGAUUUGGAGCUAAUCUCAAGGAGUCUGAAAUUUAUGAUCUAAUGCAAGCAGCAGAUGUGGAUAACAGUGGAACCAUUGAUUAUGGAGAAUUCGUAGCUGCAACAUUGCACCUAAACAAAAUUGAGAGAGAAGAUCAUCUAUUUGCAGCUUUCUCCUACUUUGACAAGGAUGGAAGUGGCUAUAUUACUCCAGAUGAGCUUCAACUAGCUUGUGAGGAGUUUGGCAUAGAGGAUGUUCGCCUUGAAGAAAUGAUACGAGAAGUUGAUCAGGACAAUGAUGGGCGCAUAGAUUACAACGAGUUUGUGGCCAUGAUGCAAAAAGGAAAUUUUGUCGGCCCGGGUAAGAAGGGCUUGCAAAGUAGCUUCAGCAUUGCCUUUAGAUAAGCAGUUACAAUUUAGUUUCAUAGAUAGCAAAAGCGUUUCCUGCUUCUUUCUUCAUUGUUUUGAGGUAUUAAGAUUGUAUAGAAAGGUGCUUAACUGCUCAUCCAAGUUGCAGCCAGACAUUACUGGUCAUCCUCGCUGAAUUUGUUGAGACUUCCACCCUGAAGGGAUUUUGCAGUUUUAAGUCGAGCCCUUUCUAUUUUGUAUACAGUGGUGAGAAAUUUUUUUAUUGUCAUAUGUAGAACUUUUUUUUUUUUUAUAAUCCAUAAUGAAUAUAUGCAUACCUUGGAUGGUUUAAAAGGCACAAUUCUGAUGGCUUGCAGGCAAGUUUGGUUUUCA